AUGAUGUCUUAUCUUAAGCAACCGCCUUACGCAGUCAAUGGGCUGAGUCUGACCACUUCGGGCAUGGACUUGCUGCACCCCUCGGUGGGCUACCCGGGGCCCUGGGCUUCUUGUCCCGCAGCCACCCCUCGGAAACAGCGGCGGGAGAGGACGACGUUCACCCGGGCGCAGCUAGACGUGCUGGAAGCGUUAUUUGCGAAGACCCGAUACCCAGAUAUCUUCAUGCGGGAGGAGGUGGCGCUGAAAAUCAACUUGCCCGAGUCCAGGGUGCAGGUGUGGUUUAAGAAUCGAAGAGCUAAGUGCCGCCAACAGCAGCAGCAACAGCAGAAUGGAGGUCAAAACAAAGUGAGACCUGCCAAAAAGAAGACGUCUCCUGCUCGGGAAGUGAGUUCAGAGAGUGGAACAAGUGGCCAAUUCACUCCCCCCUCUAGCACCUCAGUCCCAGCCAUUUCCAGCAGCAGUGCUCCUGUGUCUAUCUGGAGCCCAGCUUCCAUCUCCCCACUGUCAGAUCCCUUGUCCACCUCCUCUUCCUGCAUGCAGAGGUCCUAUCCCAUGACCUAUACUCAGGCUUCAGGUUAUAGUCAAGGAUAUGCUGGCUCAACUUCCUACUUUGGGGGCAUGGACUGUGGAUCUUAUUUGACCCCUAUGCAUCACCAGCUUCCUGGACCAGGGACCACACUCAGUCCCAUGGGUACCAAUGCAGUCACCAGCCAUCUCAAUCAGUCCCCAGCUUCUCUUUCCACCCAGGGAUAUGGAGCUUCAAGCUUGGGUUUUAACUCGACCACUGAUUGCUUGGAUUAUAAGGACCAAACUGCCUCCUGGAAGCUUAACUUCAAUGCUGACUGCUUGGAUUAUAAAGAUCAGACAUCUUCGUGGAAAUUCCAGGUUUUGUGA